AUGUCCAUCCUGCAGAAGAUUGCCGACAUCGAGGCCGAAAUGGCCAAGACGCAAAAGAACAAGGCGACGAACUACCACCUGGGGUUGCUGAAGGCGAAGCUGUCCAAGUUAAAGGCGCAGCUAAUCGAGGGAGGGACCAAAGGAGGAGGAGAAGGAGAGGGCUUCGACGUUUCCAAAACGGGAGAUGCGAGAAUAGGUCUAGUAGGAUUCCCCUCAGUAGGGAAGUCCACCCUGCUGAACAAAUUAACGGGGACCUUUUCAGAAGUAGCUUCAUACGAAUUUACAACGUUGACAUGUGUGCCAGGGAUUUUUAAAUAUAAAGGAGCCAAAAUGCAAUUACUAGAUUUGCCAGGAAUUAUAGAAGGAGCAAAGGAUGGAAAGGGAAGAGGAAAACAAGUCAUUGCAGUAGCGAAGAGUUGCUCCCUCAUUUUGAUUGUCCUGGAUGUACUAAAGCCAUUAACCUUCAAAAAAAUAAUAGAAAAAGAAUUGGAAGGGUUCGGAAUUAGGUUAAAUAAAAAGCCACCAAAUAUUAUUUUCCAAAAGAAAGACAAAGGAGGAAUCAACAUCACGCACACGGUGCCACUGAACAAUAUUGAUGAGGAUAUGAUAAAGUCCAUAUGCCAUGAGUACAGAAUAAUGAAUGCCAAUAUUUCCAUACGAUGUGAAGCUACAGUAGAUGACAUCAUCGAUGUUAUUGAAGGGAACAGAUUAUAUGUCCCUUGUAUUUACGUUUUAAAUAAAGUGGACCAAAUCACUCUGGAAGAAUUAGAAAUCGUCACUAGGCUUCCUCACAAUGUCCCUAUUUCUGCCCACUUAGAAUGGAAUCUAGAUGGCCUUUUAGAAGCCAUUUGGAACUACCUAGAUUUGGUUAGAAUUUACACCAAACCGAAGGGGCAAAUUCCGGACUAUGAAUCGCCGGUUAUUUUGAAGAAGGAACGAUCCAAGGUGGAAAAUUUCUGCAAGAAAAUCCACAGAUCCCUAGUCAACCAGCUGAAGUAUGCCCUAGUUUGGGGCAAGUCCGUCAAGCACAACCCGCAGAAGGUGGGCAAGGACCACGAGUUGAACGAUGAGGAUGUCGUUCAGUUGGUGAAGAAGUGAGGGAGUGGAGGAGUGAAGAAGUGGGGAAGUGAAGAAGUGGAGGAGAGAAGGUGGGCAACUUGCCUAUGACCACCACUGCCCCAUUUAGCCAACGUGCCUGUGGCGAACUUCCACUAUUUUUGCGCAUAUGUCGGACGGUUGAAUACGCCCGGUUGGGAGGGGGGACAUUCCUCCAUUUGGCUCGUCUCCCCAAUUUGAUGAUUUUUUUAAUGUACAUUUUUUGGCUCCCCCCUCCCCCGUGUGCAUCGCAAGAAAUGUCGCCACCUCUUUGUUCCAACCCGCCAAUGGGUUGACCUUGUCCAGAAUGGCCCCCCUCGGAGGGUGUCAGUUGGAUGCUGGCCGUUUUGGUGUAUCGCCGCACGUCCCAUUUUGUGGCGGCUAAGUUAUUUCAACAAUUUUAGCUAUUUCAACAAUUUUAGCUAUUUCAACAAUUUUCACCAUUUUCACCAUUUUAAUUAUUUUACUUCUUUUUUUUUAAUAUUAAAUACCGCUAUGUCGCCCACCCCGUCCAUUUU